CAGCUCUAAUUCUUCUUGGUAGCCAUCGUAGUCGCUUGUUUGUUUUGUAGCGAUUGACAGUAUUAUCUAUGCAUUGUGUAGGACAUAGACAUUGAGUGCAAGACGAGUUAACUAAAGCUUCUAGCUGAAUCCAAAUCGGGCCAGAUUGUUCAUUCAACCUGGAUCUGCAAAGAAGUCAAGUGUUGACGUGUGAGCAUGUCGAGGUUCCUGGGGACAGGUUGAGGUCUCGCUCUUGUCUAGCCCUCUCUUAAGUAGAAGAGCUUGAGUUUGAAAUAUUCCCAUGGACGAGGCCGGGGAGCUUAUCGGCGGACUUCUGGUUGGAGGCGCCGCUCUUCUCGGUUUCCAGCUGCAUCACGUUAGGGACCGUUGGCAGCAUGUGGCUCAUCAUGGUGGUGAAGUUGUCGAAGAGAGAAGCUCAAAGGGUUCAUCAUCUUCGUCGACAUCUACCAGCGGAAGCGCCGAGGCGGGUUUCGCUUCGGGUUCGGUGGAGCCCGAGACUUUGGCGCUGUUUGUCGAACAGGACGGCACCACACACGGCAGCUCUGCCUCCAGUAAUGAGCAAAGCCAAGGUGGGGGUGGUGCGCUAGUUGAGCAGAUUGCGGAGGUCGUGGCACCGUCUACUGAGAUACAACACCAUCACCAUGCGGAAAGUCUCACGUCGGUACUGUCAACGAAUUCGUCGACUCCACCGCCAAUUCCUGCUCCACCUACAACAAAGAAUAUCACGACCGCGUGCCAGCAGAGGUUAGUUGGUGAUGGGAAUACGGACGCACUUUCUGCAUCGAGUGUGAGUGACGGCUCUUGUCCGGAACCGGAUGGUCGUGCCGCUACAGUCUCAUCUGAAACGCAGAGCGGUAAUCGAUGUCCCUUUUCUCCGUACCGGAAACUCGGCGAUUUUUUUCUAAGUGUGGUCUACUGCAUCUAAUCUACCUAAUGUUGUUGUUCCUCUUCCUGUUAGUCUGCAAUAUUGAAUAUUCACAUCUGCUGCAAAUAAAAAAGGGCGACCAGCCGAACACGAUUCCGGAGCACUAGCAACGGCUUCCGGAAGCGACGGCUCUCCGCCUGCGGUAAAUCCAACUCUGUCCACGGCUGUAAACAAACUACGAGAUGAAGGAGUAAUGUCUUUCGACAUCGGGGCAACCGAAGCUGCGUCCGCCUCCUCGCUACUCGCCCAGAUGCGCAUCGCCGACAGUCACAAAAGUUUCCCCCUUGCUUCAAACGCAACCGGAACCGCCGUGACGUGGUCGGCAAUGAAGAAGUGGAUGUCUUCUCCUUCGCGCCCUCUGUCUUCUGUGUCGCAUCACCAAGGAGAUCAGCAAUCCAAUACUGCCAAAUCACUUCCCGACUUCAGAGCCGAGAGCAGUAAUUUGACAAAUAACAGCAUGCCUGCUAACGCCAAACAGCGGAAGCACGGCCGUCAAAGCUGGGCCAUUUCCAGCACGGACACAGUUUUGUAUAAAAACGAGACGGAGACAACCAUCAGUAGAAAGGGGCGCGUAUAUCAUCUUCAUCAUGAGGACAAGGAAGAAACCGCUUUUAUUCCGCGGAGAAUAUCAAUACCAUCGACAAAGAUUCACGACGCUGAUGCAAAGGAUAAGAACCCGGCUGAACUUGAAGUUGAACUUGAAAGCCGCAAUAAGAGUCAUCUCAGCAUCAACUUCAACACCAGCACAGGGGAUGGGAUUGCUACCUCGACCUUGACUACGUCGGUGAUGUGGUAAGUACUUCACUUUUCGUGUUUUUUUGUAUGUUUUACCUUUAUUUCAUUUUCACCUAAUUUUAGAGGCUGUGCAACAAUUGGACCCCCUUUCGACAGGUCGAAAGGGGGGGGGGGUAGGUAGGUCGACUGCCGGAAUCCGGCGGCCGGCCCGCCGAUGUGUGGGUGGGGGUCCGGCCCCACCGGCAUUGGUCGGGUGGGGGUCACGGCCCGUGGCUCGGUCGCCGGCUCCCCCGGCACUGGUCGGAGGCCCGCCUUUGCUUGUGUGCAGGCACUUAUCCACGGCACCGGGCUUCACUACUCCGACAAGGAGCAAAACGCACUCCGCUUUGUUCUUUGUCGGAGCAGCGAGCCACCGAAACCGGCCCCGCGCAGCAUGAUACUGGAAUGGCCUCAGCUUACGCACUGGCCCACAGCUCUACUUUUUGGGGGGUUGCGCCGUGACCUGCUACGCCCUGUCCCUUUUCAUCCUUCACGGGGCACAGCAAGCGCGAGCCCUGCCUUUCACUCCGCCGAUUUUCCGUCGGGGGAGGGGCUCUGUUGCAUGGCCUGGCGCGCGAUACGAGGCCGCGCGCCAUCCCAUGGCGGGUCAUUUUAUUCUGGCCGGAAUGGCGCAGAUGUUUUUUGGAAUUGACUCACAACUUGGCUCCGCGAUUCUGAUAGUAGAUCGCAGGACCGCAUCCGGCGAAGCGACUUUUUUGGCUGGCAACGACGACCACAGGCGGACUUCGUUCGCAGAAAUUCAGAAGUCCGGCCUUGCCCACUAUGUUAAGGCUCAAAAAAAUCCAUCCGCUCAACGGCUCUCAAAAUGUUUGAAGCCUGGCCAGAAAAAAGGCAUCUGCGCAAAAAGACACGCGCAGCAGUUUGCGACGCUCGGCUUUGUGAGCGCGUUCGCGCUGCAAAGUAGCGAUUUGAUUUUUUGAACCUUUUUGCGGGCCUUCAUUUGUGAUCAUGCGCCUUUCGGGGCGGAAAAGGAGCUGGGAGCGUUUUAUCAUCGUUUCCCGCUCUUUCGCAAGACUCUGUGACUUGCAGAGCUUGCAAGUUUCUUUCAAACUUCAGCUGAAGUUCAAAUUUGGCUUGAAGCUUUAAGUCAAAUUUGAACUUCAAGUGAAGUUUGGAAGAACUGAACUAGUCCCACAAGUGGGUCCAACAAACAAAUUUCCCAAUAGGAUUUGGCGUUUUCCGGACUUCUGUCGGACACCGCUGAAGGAGUAGAGCAAACAAAUUUUGAGCAAAAAAUUGAAUACCUGCAAAUGUAUGCGAAACGGCGAAAGGUAGAAAAAGGCUGUCAAAAUGGUCGCAGCUCGUGUUUUUUGAUGCUCGACGGGGGGCGCUUUACAACCUACAGCCACAGCAUCGGCGACGGCUUGCGAAGUGAAGCAGUGAUGGGAGUACGGUCUCGCCAACCGCAUUGCAACAGCUCGCGCACACAGAUCGCGCAGAGUGCUCGGCCUUGCUCCUCGAAUGCGAAGCGGGGCCCUAUCGACUUUUCACCCCUUGCAAGAAUUACUUCAGCAAACAUUUUGGGAGCCGGGCUCCGAAUGGAUUUUUUUCACCCCUAACUAUGGCGGAUUUUAUUAGACUGUGUUCAUCAUAGGGGUAGCCUGCCUGUGUUCGUUUUCGCUUCGUUCGCCGCGAGCCCUUGGCAAAUGAAUAAAAGCGGAGCCGUGGCGGUUUUCCUAGCAAUUUAACCACAGCGGGCGCGCGAUGCGCGGCCCGCGAAAUUUUUGCAAGCAAUGUAAAGCACACGCGCGUGGCUCCUAAGUUUUUUUUUACAGAGACUAGUUCGCGAAGGGAGUGGGCAAUAUACCGGCACCGGGCGCGCGCAGCGCGCCGCGCAAAAUUUUUGCAAGCAAUGUAAAGCAGCACACGCGCGCAACGUAGCUGCACCUCGGGCGGCGCGUGGUAGUUCGCGAACGAGGGUGGCAAUGUACCAGCACCGGGCGCGCGCAGCGCGCCGCGCGAAAUUUUUUGCAAGUAGGCCGCGAUCCAAGCAGGAAAGGCCGGGGAGCGCCUUCAGCGGGCGUGCGUAGCGCACCCCGCACAGCCCAUCUGUUAGAAACUGGGGACGCUUGUCGAAAGGGGGGGGGGGAGGGGGGAGGUAGGUCGCCAGCAGGCCGCUGACCCCCCUUUCGACACGUCGAAAGGGGGUCCAGUUUUUGCACAGCCUCUAUAUUUUUUUCGAAGCCAGAGCUAGAGUAGAGCUUAUCUGUAGGCUCCGAGUACUAAAAUACGUAAAUCCACGCGCAUUUUUAUUAUAAAGAAAAGAUUUAACUUGAUGCGUUUGUGUCGAGCUAUUCCAGUUUAUUUACAGAACCUAUUAGUCCUGCUUUCACUUUCAGUUUGAGUACCAACUCCGAGACUUGGUUUGAGUGGCAGACUCCGGUGACGGCUUUAGUCUCAGGCCCGGGCUUGUUGGAAUUGGGUAGCAGCUUCUCGCUUCCUUGGAUUCGCGUUUAUACUUCGAGCUCGCGUAUGAUUUUCGAUGGCGUUUCCAGGCAACCUUGUUGGUUGACGAGCAUGACUUUCCGAGCAGCUCGCAAACGCAGCCACAGCUAAACAAGAAAACCCGAAAAAAUGGAGCAGUUCCACGCUAGGUCUAGGCCCCGAGAAGGGUGCGCUUGACGCCAAGAACAUGCAGCAGGCUUUCGCGCCAACAAGCAUCUUGAGAAACAAAGACAAAAACUCUGCCUGCCCCCCCCUUCCCCGCACGGGCGAGGAGAGCCCACCGAGACCCACACAGGCCUUGGCUCAACCCAGGCCACCGCGCUAGCUUGAAAAAAUGCUCUGUAAAAGCUUUAGCCUCGCACGUGCGUCCGGCGAGAUAAAGUUAUAUAUAAGCCAUUGGCAUCAACGUCAUCCUUAUCGCAAUGGGGCAGUAGCUGUGAAUCCGAAGUCAAGCCCACGCGCAACGACGACAAUAGCACCUGUCUCUCCCGCCCUUGGGGGCAUGGAUUGCUUGUUGUGCCCAAACACGCCCCUCGGGAACUGCCGGGGCCAUGAAUCCCAAGAAGAAGAAAUGCUGGCCAUGUCGUGGGAGGCACGCGCGUUUACACUGAGGUGUACCUCAUUGCCAGAGGGUGCGACGUUCUCCUUCUCACACAGCAGCUGCAUGUGCGACGUUCUCUGAUGCGCUGGAGCGUCGUGCCUUCGCACACCGACCAUGCAGGGGAGGAACUGCGAGGGUGUCAGUCGCUAUUUUCGGUCUAUUUGUUUCUUGUCGGAAGCACAACCCGAAGCCCGAAACUCGGUGGCUGCAUUCCGCGAGUGCGAUUGCUCUGGUUUUAUCUAGGGCGUUUAUUCACGCCGACAGGAAGGACCGUUCCUGUAACCUCCGAUAAAACAUCCUAGAAAGUUACUUCUAGCUUGUCUAUGCAUUCUGCAUUCAUUGAUUGGGAUUGCUUAGCUCUACGUGUUCUCAUGUCACGCCCUCAAAAGCCGUGGAGUCAGCUCAUCUAGUAGUGCCUCAAUUAUGAAGAGGUUGCCGCGCCCCCGUUGUGCCAACACGGCGGCGCGAGUGCAACUUGCUUAUUCUCAUGUCACGUCCUCCGGAUGAAAAAUGAAAAUCAGGUGCGUUUUGAUGUCGGCCGCAGGCUUUGCGCUCUUGCUAUUGCUCUGGAAAAUGAAUAAGUGGUGCAAUGAGCAGCAGUUGCGAAAAAGGAAGGAACAACAACAACGAGAAGUACUGCCAGAGAAACACCAAGGGCAAGCACAAGAAGAAAUUGAAGGCAUUAUUUUCGUCGAUCCGGAAGAUGAUCAAGAUUCUGAAUACGAGGACGCGCUGGAAGUCGGAAGCGCGGGGAGCACCGCUACCAGUCGUCACGAAGAUGAAGACGCGCUAGAAGCUGCAGCUUCAAGCUCGCAGCAAUUCACUGCUGAUUAUCGGACAAGAAGUUCUGCGCAGACAAAUUUCGGUGCGGGAAGCUCUUCGUCCUCUUCAAGCGGCGACCCCGGCACCAGCUGCACCACCACGGCUAGCGGGGAGGGAGUGUCGUCCGCGCUACAAGCUGCAGCUUCAAGCUCGCAGCAAUUCACUGCUGACUAUGGGACAAG